AUGGCCAAGUUUAUUGCACUAUUUUUCAUUCUUACGGCAGUUACGUAUAAUUAUGCUGCUCCUACUACCAAUCUCAAUCUUGACGCGCUCACAGUCACAUUAGAUGAAAAUACCAUGUGUACAUUCCUUCCACGAACAUGGGGAGGCGACAUUGGCGCAAGUGAAAGUGAUGCUGUCGCAUUCUGCUCCCAAGACAACGCCCAAGCUCCUGGUGCAAAUCCCAUGCCCACCGGAUUUAUCGCGUCAUCGCACUAUUUGACCGGAGAAGGAUACGUUCAAUACACCGGUAGAAUUGAUAUAUCAGCUUACGGUUUGAGUCCAAGCGACGGAGGCGGCCAAUAUGACAACGCGGGUGAUGGUUCUCCUAACAAUGCAACAUGUGGUGGAUUUAAGAAAUUUGUGAACUUAAUUGAGCCUGAUAUUGGACAUUGGUGUAUUCGUUGCUGUACUGAUGCCGGCCAAUGUGACACCGGAGAUAGCACUAAAGGAUGUGAAUAUGUCAUUCCCGGCGAUUACUCUUAA